AUGAAAAGACAAGCAACAGAGGAAACAUCUUCAUCUCAUAGUUGUUCAGCAAGUCCAACAACAAAUGAUUCCGAACAGCAACAACAUGUUGAAAAUUCCGAAGCUAAAAAACCAAAACUUGAAACUCUCUAUGAUACUCACCAUCUCAGUAUUCCACACAAUCCACAUUAUUGUCACUUUUGGGAGCAUGACUUGUUUAGAGUCAUGUCAAAAUAUUUCCCACAGUUGAAGGAAUUAAAAGACAAGACUCCAGUGCCAACACCAAAAUCAGAGCAAGAUCAUGAAAUGAUUAGGAAGGCACAGAAGGAAGGAGUUGGACUCUCCGAAAAGGAAAAACACAAGGAGAAACAAUACUAUACGGUUCAGAGAAGAAUGGCCUACUUUUUAAUUGAUGAAAUAUUUAAACAAUCACCAAUUCGUUGUUGUCCAUAUUGUUGGUUAAAUAUUGAUUAUUGCAUUUGUAAACAAAUGGUUUUCCCUUGGAGAGAGAAUAAGCAUUUGGACACAUUUGUUUCAGAACCUUCCGAGGAAUUGAACUCUGUUCGUGAACAUUGUGAGAAGCCAUCUGAAUUACAAUCAGACGAGCCACGUUUAAAGAUUAUUCUACUAAUGCAUGCCAAGGAAUUUUUCAGAAAAUCAAACACUGGAAAGAUUUUGAUGGAUACAUUACCAAAGGGAUUUGUGGAAAUUUAUCUAGUGGAUGUAGAAGCUCAUGAAAUUGAAUUUAAGGAGAAAUAUUAUGGACAAGAGUUGACCUACUUGCUCUUCCCAAGUGAAGAUGCUCUCGAUUUGGAUCAAACACUUGUGGAACAAAUUAAACAAAAGCAAAUGGACCUAUCAAAAGAAAUGUGGAAAGACCAAGAGAACUACUCAACCACCAAUAAGCGACCAAUGAAAAGUAUUAAUCUCAUUAUUGUGGAUAGUACUUGGCAACAAGCCAAGCAUGUUCUCAAAGCUCUCUGCAACAAGAAGGAUCUCCCUAAUAGACUUAAAUUCGAUCAAUCCAAAGUUGUGCAUCUCUAUCAACAAAAGGAACCAAUCUUUAAUUUACUCAGAAAACAAACAGAGAAGGAUCGUACCAGUACUCUGGAAUGUGCCUUAUUAUGCAUGUUCUUGUUUGAUUUGUACAGUUCUGAAUUUAGCAAACCAUUGCUUUAUAAUUUGAAAUUACUUGUUGUGACCAUGCACAAAAUGUGUCACAAGGCACUUAAUUUUAAUGAUUAA